AUGAAAUAUUUAGUGCUCUUUGCUUUAGUACUUUUGACAAUCGCAGUAAAUGACAAUCAGACAAAGUAUUUGUUAAAUAAAUAAAAAGACAAAAAUCAAUUGAAGAACAACAUCCUUCUCUUUUUAGAGCAUUAAAAAAUAUGGCAUUAUUACAAGAGUAAUCAUAAUAAUUAGAUUACUCUCGUUUGAUUAAUGCGAUUAAUGAUCUUGAAUCUGAAAUCACAUAAAAUAAGGAGGAUGAAAAUACAUCAUUCAAUAAAGACUUUUUAUCCAACAAUGCAGAUUAAGAAUUUUAUGAAAAUCAAAUAACUUAAUAUUAAGUAGAAGUAGCACAACAUGAAGUUGAUUUAGCUGAUCUUACAGAAGCUAGAAACACAUUAUAAUCAUUAUUAAAUGAUGCAAUCAAAGAACAAUAAGAUGUUACACUUUUAAGAAAUUAAUUGGAUCAAUAAAUGAAGACUGAUGCUGCUAAUACUGCUGCCUAAUUAUAAGAAUAUGAUGAUUCUGCUGCUGCAAUUGAUGAAGCUCUUAAUAUGUUGACUUCCUUAAAGAAUGCUGAUAGCUUAGUAUAAGUAAAUGACAAAUUGAAAACUCAUUUGAGUAAAUAAAAGGUAUUCUUCCAACCAUUAAUUGUUGCUCUUGCUGAAAUUGCUUAAUCUAAGUAAAAAGAAUUACAUUACAUUAUAGUUUUGCAAAUCAAGAAUUAAUUAGCAAAGUUACUAAACUUUUAAAUUAAUUGAGAACUUCACUCUUAGAAAGCAGAUUACAAUUAGUUGUAUCAUCUUAAGGAUUGGAAACAAUGAAUAAAGAAUUGUUGGCUACUUAUGAUUCAAAAUUAAAUGUAUUAUCUACAGUUGUCUUACCAGAUUUUAGAGAGAAUAUUGAAAUUAAGGAUGGUAUGUGAAAUAAUUAAAUAAUUUAGCUGAAAUUAAAGCAAAAUCAAAUUUACUCAAUGAUGCUAGAUCUAAUUUGUAAGAUUCUUAAGAUAAUUUGAAAGCCACAUAGGAUGCAUGGAUUGUUAGAGCUAAUUUGAACUCUAAAUUAAUAUAAUAAUAUGAUAAUGAUCUAUCACUUAUUUAAUAAGUCAAAUAAAGUUUUGAUAGAGCAGGUAUCAAAUAAUGAUU